AUGGGGAAAGCAGUGCAAUGGCCACCAAAGUCGAGCAAACACGAGUCAAAGAAGGAUCCCUCAAAAUGGUGUGAUUUCCAUGCAUACAUCGGUCACACCACCAACGACUGCGUUGCGUUGAGAACAGAAGUAGCCUUUCUGUUGAAAAAUGGAUACCUCAAUGACUUCAUGUCAGACAAAGUCCCGAAGAGGCACGCCCGAGAAAAUGAGGUAGACAGACCGGCCAGAGCCGUAGCCGCAAAACAUCUAACACCUAUAUCUUUUGAUGAAUCUGAUGCAGGGGACAUCUCAGACAAACAUCACGACGGCUUGGUGAUAUCCAUUCCUGUUGGAAACUGCAUGGUCAAACGAGUUCUAGUCGACAACGGCAGCUCAACUAAUGUGAUGAUGCUCGAUGCCGUCAAGGAGAUGGGGCUCAACUCAGAUACAGAUGUCGUCCAAAAGUCAACCGUGCUAAUAGGGUUCAGCGGCGAGGCAAAUACCACCUUCGGAGAAGUCACCCUACCUAUUUACGCUAAAGGAAUCAACCAACAGCCCGUCAAGCAGAAACGGCGGAAGUUCGCUCCAGAACGCAACCAAAUUAUCAACGACGAGGUUCAGCAACUAUUAGAUACGGGAAAUAUCAGGGAAGUCAAAUAUCCAGAUUGGUUGGCCAAUGUCAUCGUAGUUAGAAAGAAGAACGAGAAAUGA